AUGGCCACCGCCCACCUCGCUGCUUACACGGAUGGCAUGUUUUGUCCGGAAAACAAAUACAAGGGGCCAUUGGCCAACUUCACCGACGAAAACCUCGUCGUCUUCGACCCUCUCUACGAUCUUGAGUUCGAUAGCUGGUUCCUAUCCAAAGGUCGCAACUGCCACCUCGCAGAACCCACUGGCGUCUGGGAGAUUCAGGCCAACUCGCAAAUCUCCGUGCCUUGGGCAAACUGGCAGAACUCAACGGGCUUCUACGCCGAUGGCAAGGAGGAAAACGAGCGCCCCAGUCCCUACUCAGUGACCAACCCCGAGGUUGUGGCUCAGGGCCUUGUGAGCGAAUCGAAAGGCUUGAAGUCGCCGAAUAUGCACGCCGCCAACAAAUCAACUGCUGCUGGAACCGCGAUUGCGGUUUCCUAUGUCAAUAGCAUCUGGGAUGUAUCCAUGGAGAACUUGGUUGUUGUCUCAAUUGCAUCCGAGACUCCCUUUGAGCGGCUCGCGAGCUACAAGAUUCCUGAUCUGGCCGCAUGCGAGUCCUGCAUAUGCGUUACAGGAUGGGUUCCCGCCGGAUUCGGGCAGCAGAACAUGUACAUGGCCGCCCACAAAUGUCGCAUCAUCAAUGCCAGCGGCGGCAAGACCCCCAAGAUUCCCAGCGUCGUUCCCGGUCCUGGAGUUGUUGGCCCUAAGCAGAUGAUUGCGUCAUUUCAGAAGUCUGGCAACAAUGUGGAAUGGAAGCAGGGCGAGCAGGUUCCCACGUAUUCUCCCCGAAUGGGGUACUUGAAAGAUGCCCAAACGGACAUAUUCGGUGAUGGCCUAAACAACCCUCCGCAGUCUUCCUCGGCGUCUGCGACAACGACCCUUUUCACGGCCACGAGCUCUGUCGCCCCCACUCCCGCUUCUAGCUCCAAGAUACCUGAUCAAGUGGUAGGGUGCUCCAUUCCAAAGCGCCGCCGUAUGAGGAAGCACUCGAGAUCACUUGCUUAA